CGCUACUGCCGUAUUUCCUGGGCACCUGUGUCUGAGCGGUUUGUGCCUGCUCGUGUCCGCGUCGCUCUCUGGUAGGGGCGUGAAAUUUUGUGGCUGCGGCAUUUGGUCUGGAAUGAACCGCGCUCUCGGUGGAGGCCGGGGAGCCGAGCCAGAGCCAUGAGACGCCCCAGUGCCGAAGGCACUCUGAAAAGCGAGUCUAGUGAAGUCCACAUUUGACGUUGAGAUGCGUUAUCAGAAUUCUACAGUGACCUUAAACAGUUCUUUCUCUAGCAGAAAUUUUAUUUCCAUUAUUCUUGAUUGAACUUGAAUGUGGCCUCAUUUGCCCGGAGAUGCAAAAGACGUUUUCAAAGGGAGGGAAAUCAUUCUUUUCACUGCUGUAAAGGCCAGUACAGUGGUAGCAGUUGGACUGACCAUUGCUGCUGCAGGAUUUGCAGGCCGUUAUGUUUUGCAAGCCAUGAAACAUAUGGAGCCUCAAGUAAAACAAGUUUUUCAAAGUCUACCAAAAUCUGCUUUCAGUGGUGGCUAUUAUAGAGGUGGGUUUGAACCUAAAAUGACAAAACGAGAAGCAGCAUUAAUACUAGGCGUAAGCCCUACUGCCAAUAAAGGAAAAAUAAGAGAUGCCCAUAGACGAAUUAUGCUUUUAAAUCACCCAGACAAGGGAGGAUCUCCUUAUAUAGCAGCCAAAAUCAAUGAAGCUAAAGAUUUACUAGAAGGUCAAGCUAAAAAAUGAAGUAAAUGUGUGAAUUUUAAGUUCUUGUUAGUUUAUGUGUAUGCGUGCUAGCUUUUUAUAAUAAAAGGCCUCAAAGCUACAAAUUUUAAAAUGA